GAACACGCAGCCUCAAAGAUGACCUGAAAGAUCUCCUGGACGUCAUACCACAUAAAGAAAUUGGUGUCAUUGUCUUGGACUAUGUUCUCCAUGACAGAGAAGUGAGCGACCUUGCUAUUCACGUCCAGUCCCCUGAAUUCCGGCAACUGGUUGAAGCAGUUGUAAACUCAGACGAGUUGAAAGACAUCAUCGCACACCUCAGAGACCAAGGCGUUGUAGUCAUCAGCCAAGUCAAUGAACUGCUUGGCUUUCCUGCACUCUCUCUGGGAGACAAGGCCACUCGAAGGGGUGAAGGAGUCAAGGGCCUUGUUGAUGAUGUGAUUAAAGUUCUUCCUGUUGAAAGGCUGAAGGAAAUUUUUAGAGAUAAAUUGCUCAACAGUGCUGAUUUCAGGAGGCUGAUUGAUGUCAUUCUAUCACCUGACUUUAAGGAACUUGUACGUAGACUGAAAGCCACAUCAGAGUUCAAGGAACUGGAAGAUGAUCUACGAAACAGGGGAGUUGAUCGGGAUUACAUCAUUCAACGCUUGAAAGAGGCCUUUGGACUAUCUCAGCGAGGAACCCGUAACCUCAACGAUGACCUCAAUGACUUCCUGGCACUUGUACCACUUGAUGAAGUUAUCGCCAUUGUUCUCGACUACCUUGCCAACGACCAAGAA